UCACCCUCCCGACAUCGCACCCUCACGACAUCUCACCCUCCCGACAUCGCACCCUCGCGACAUUACACCCUCACGACAGCUCACCCUUACGACGUCUCACCCUCGCGACGUCUCACCCUCGCGACGUCUCACCCUCGCGACAUCUCACCCUCGCGACAUCUCACCCUGAUAGCAUCUCACCCUCCCGACAUCUACCUCCGCACUAAUCCUGUCCGCAGUCAAUCGUCAAAUGAUCGAGCUACGCCGCAGCAACUGCUACAAGCGCACUCGACAUGCACCUACAUUACAAGGCAAUCGCCCGACCUCAAGCCUAUCAGAACAUGGAGCCUCAAGCACGAGGAAGCGCCUGUUCUGAAGCCGGUUGGAUCGGAUAUUCUCGAGCCAGUCGAAGCACCCGCCCUCACGCCUAUCAGAACGCGCAUGCUGAAGCCUUUGGAAACGCCCAUCCUCGAGCAUGUGGAAGCGACCAUCCUAAAGCUUUUGGAAACGCCCAUCCUCAAGCGCCGCUACGGCGAUCGAGCACUGCAUAAUUAUCGCCGUUAA